ACCCGUUUACAUGGUAGACUCUCACGUAGCACGGAGCUUAGCAACCUCCCACCCCGCCUUAGCCGGAGGGCCGAAGUACGGAGACCACUGGAAACUUUAAGUGGCUACAAAAUCUCCACGCCCUACUAUUGACUAGAUCUGAUUACAAAUCGAGCAUUUCCAAUUCGAUUACUUCUCUCCUCCGCUGUACGUCGUGGUUCAAUUCCGAUCUCACAGAAACCUCUCGUCUCAAUAACCUCAACGCCAAUCCGCACCAUGUCUGAUAUCACUCACGUUUUCGCUAAGGACGCCGCUCCUCCUGCCGGCCCCUAUUCUCAUGCCAUCAAGACACCUACUGCUAUCUACUGCUCGGGUCAAAUCCCUUGUGAUGCUCAAGGUAACCUUGUGGAAGGAACUAUUGGCGAGAAGACAGCAUCUUGUAUCUCGAACCUAAAGGCUGUUCUCACUGCUGCUGGUUCCUCUAUCGAGAAGGUGGUCAAGGUCAACAUCUUCUUAGCCGACAUGUCCUUGUUCGCCGAUAUGAACACCGAGUACGCUAAGUGGUUCGUCCACAAGCCUGCCCGUAGCUGCGUGGCUGUCAAACAGCUACCUAAGGGCGUUGACGUUGAGAUAGAGUGCAUUGCUCUCCCCUAAGAAGUCUCGGCAGGAAGGCAUGCAGGGUAUGCACGGAAAUAUUUACAUCAUUUUCACCUACAUAGUUUAGGUUGAUCAAUUACGACGAUUUUCAAAUUACGUAGCUUUCAAUUCUUGAAUAUGAGAC